CUUUUAAACAAUUAAAUUUUGCGAGGAGCACCUGGGCAUGGUCGGUUUAUGGUGAAAUGUUCUUCUCACUUCCGGAUUAUGGCCAUAACAGUGCUCAGUGGAACAUUCAGAAGUUUUGAAAUGCAUCUGUAACCAAUGCCAUCAGUAUGUUUUGCAACAACAAGGUGAUGGGAAGAUUUAGUUAUAGUAAUUCCCACAGCAGGAUGCAUGAUGUCCAGUAUCACAUCAAAUAUUACAAUAAAACUGUGGUGUAACACUGACAAGUUUGCUGUAAAGGGUGGAGCAAGUGGCUGGUGUUUCUAAAUGAUAACUGUUAAUGACGAAGCACCCUUCUAAAGAUUUAACUAGUCAUUGCUGGAAAAGGAUCUGCAUCCGUGGGAAAAGAGGUUGCAACAUGGCUAUAAGACAAUUAUCAAAGUGGGCGCAUGCGUGGCAGUGAAAGCCAUGUAAUGACCAGCAAAUCAAGACAGUCAUCUGGGAAAUCGUUAUGAUGAACCUUACGACAGCCACAUUUACUCUGACCUGUUCAUCCAAUGUUACAGUGGCACCUAUUGGGGGGUAUAUUAUCACCUGGAGAAUGUUGAUGGUUACACUUAUUACAGUCCCACUCUCAGUCAUCACCAUCAUUGGCAACAUCCUGGUCAUUGUUGCGUUCCGGGUCAACCCACUGCUCAGGACGGUCAGUAACUACUUCCUGUUGAGCUUGGCUGUGGCUGACCUUAUACUGGGCACCAUUUCAAUGAACCUCUACACCACUUACAUUCUAAUUGGACGCUGGACGUUAGGCAAUCUGGCCUGUGAUGUGUGGCUGGCUGUGGAUUAUGUAGCAAGCAACGCCUCUGUUAUGAACUUGCUGGCUAUUAGCUUCGACCGUUACUUAUCUGUCACGCGACCUUUGACCUAUCGAGUCAGCCGCACAAACACAAGGGCAGCACUGUUGAUCGCUCUGGCAUGGGGGGUAUCUUUCCUGCUUUGGGCACCAGCCAUUUUGUUCUGGCAGCACAUAGUUGGUGAAAGGACAGUGCCUGAAGAUCAGUGUUCAGUUCAGUUCCUGUCUCAGCCUGUGAUCACUUUUGGCACUGCUAUUGCAGCGUUCUACUUGCCUGUCAGUGUGAUGGUGGGUCUGUACUGGAGGGUGUACCAAGAGACAGAGAGACGUUCACGGCAAUUGGCUGGGUUAAUAGCAUCCCAUGGGGGCGACUCCAACAAGUCAUCACAGUCCCAGUCUAGUAGCAGCUAUUUAAGUGACAGUGAAGAAGCCAGAAUCCAGACAACUAUUCAGCCAAAGUUGGAAGAGAGCACUAAGACCCUUUGUCCCUCCUUUACCUGGUGGACAGCAACAUGGUGGAAAAAGAGUAGGAUACAUUACACUGGAGCUUCAUCACACACCAUCAACAACCACACACACAAUGGCACAGACUGCUUCCUCAGCAAUGAGGAUAUCCAGAAAAAUGCUGCAUAUAUUCCUCUUGCUCAGGUCAAUAACAGGCUGGACUUACAAAACAAUGUUGAUUCUGAUGAUCUACAAGUGGCGAACUGCCAAUCAGACAGUCAACAGUCCCCUGAAGAGAGUCUCAAUGUUACUACAGGAGUGUCACCUCUUACGCAGGCCAGGGCACAGAAAAACCGUAAGCCACGCAGCUGGUCACUGAUCAGAGAGAAGAAAGCGGCACGGACCCUGAGUGCCAUCCUAUUGGCCUUCAUUGUGACGUGGACACCCUACAACAUCAUGGUGCUGGUGUCCACGUUCUGUGAACACUGUGUUCCUGAGAGGCUCUGGCAGCUGGGGUACUGGCUUUGCUACGUCAACAGCACAGUAAACCCAGUUUGCUACGCAUUAUGCAACAAGCACUUUCAAGUUACUUUCAGGGCUCUGUUACUCUGCAGGUGGAGGGAGCAGAGAAAGGGGAAAAGACGGACUUUUUCACAGGACAGCUAGUCAACUCACUGGAGACUCUUUUCCUCUCAUUUAUUAAUUGCGAUUCAUCGUUUCCUUUCCUUGCAUCCUCUGAGAGAGGAGCUAAUGACAUGAAGGUACAAGGGAAUUUGCCCAUUGGGACAUCCUUGCUCUUUGAAGUUAAGUUAUUGAGACAUGCACAAUUUGCAUGAAAAGCAUUACAUGCACAUUGUACACAGUGCAAUUGCCAACAAAAAUAAAAAAACUUUUUUUAUAGGUACAUUGCAUUCUAAAUGUUGAUGUUCAAGCCUUCAAGAUUGUACAUCGUCAACUUAUGGGAAUAUCCUGAGGAAAUUCAUCCAUGUAAACCAUUAAUUUUUCAGUAGUAUUCUCCUGUUUUUUUCGGGAUGUGCACAAUUUACCAGUAUGGAUUACAAAAUAAAAAGACAAAAGAGGCAACUGACAUCCCCACAUUUACAUCCCUCUAAACAAAAUUAAAGAUACAGCCAUGACAAAAGUGAUGGAUCAAUGCUCAGGUCUAUAGGAGGUAUAACAGAAUAUUAAAAAAAACCCUUUUUAUAACAUUGUGGAGACUUUUUUUAUUAUUAUUAUAAUGCUGUGUGGAUUUUUUAAACAAUUUACUAUUAGCUUUGAUUUUGGUCACAUGCCCACUUACGAACAACUUGGACUGAAAAAUGAAGUGGACAUUAAUGGGAACACACUGCGACUCUUUCUGAACACUAUACUGGGUUAGAUAAUUAAUGUUACUUUGUGUUAAGUCAGAUGUUUCUGUGCAGAUAUAUGGUGGAGCAAUGUUUAACCAUGAACACUUGUGUUACAUGUAUGUUUAUUGAAGAAAGGGCAAUAUAAAAGGGACAUAAGACAGCAUUACAUUCAUUACCAAA